UUUCAAGAAUGCUACGUUUGCUCUUCCCGUAAAGAGGACAUCCUUCAAAAAGGCAUGCUAAAUUAUUGCAGAAUUUCUAGGAUUCAGUGAAAUAGAGAAAGAGACGCUAUUAACAUGGUCAGAGCUGGGAAUCGAUGUCGAGCAAAUUACUUGGCCAACCAUUCCAUUCCAUUCCAUUAGUAUCAUCCCGGUGAGUAAGAUUUUUCCAACGAUAAGCGAAGCCAGUUAGAAUGGUCGCGGUGAUAUCGUUGAUCAUUCUGCGUAUGUAAUAUUGUAAGUAUCCGUUGCCGGAUCUUGAAAUUUUUAAUUCUUUUCUAAGGAAAAAAGAGAUGUUUAAUCGAAUUUAUUGUCUGUAAGUGUGUAAGAGUCAGAUGAGACAAGUUUGAAUAGAAGAAAGUCGUGGAAACGGUAAGUAGGCAGAGCACGAAACCAGAAGAAAGGCUGAAUGAAAUAAUUGGCAGCUCCGGUUCGGCUCGUCAGUCGUAAAUUGAUCCAGAUCUGAAAUUUCUGCACGUCCUACACACGGCCAGUAUGGGCCAGUACGGGCCACUACGGGCCAGUACGGGCCAGUACACGACACGACAGCCUCAAUUAGUCGGAUAGCGGUGACUAAUUAUUAUCACAAUUGCGGAAUUUCUAGCGGAGCCUUGGCCAAUGGAAAAUCAGACGUACCAGGAAAGGAUCCAUCGGCGUGGAAUUUAAUCAUCAUCGUGAUCGUUGAUGUCAACGUGCGUUGUUGCGUUGUUGCGUUGUUACUUGAAACAGUCAGGAAGCUCCGAUUUCGGAUUCUUUCGGUGGACGAGAACGAAUUUGAUACACGACUGCUCCUGGAACGGUCAUCAUCUUCUGCGAAACAAUGCGGUGAGAACGUAGCGUAGGAAUUUCUGCUGGCAACUGUUUCUUGACGAAGAAAAUUAUCUCGAGCAACAACCAAUUCUUUAUUUACGAAGAAAAAUAACACAAGUUCCUCACUGUCGUUUCACUAGCAUUUGUGACUUGUGACUUGUGAUAGCGAAAUAUCUUCUACUAAUUUAUAAACAAGCGUUACAGUUUAAGUUAAACCGAAGAUAUUAAGCGUAAUCGAGAAUAGAAAUAUGAUUUAUAACAUUUGCGUAUAUCGUAUCAUGAUGUGGAAGCUGCAGUUCCCAAUCACUGAUCUACGCCACUGACUGAGAUCCAGAAACGAGCGCGCUGUAACGAUGAAUGCGUUCCACUCCUUCUAGUCAGUAUGUUCGUGGCUACCAAACACGUUGGUCGCUUCUUCUUUCUUUCUGCGCUUCGGUUGCAAGAAUACCACUAAAACGAUUCUCUUUCCUCUUCGAUGCAAUUCGUAUUCGAUUUCAAUUGAUUUUUCGGUAAAACUCAUUGAAUAGAAAAGAGGAAUUUACGAGAAGCGUACAACAGUUAAUAGACCCGUCAAAUUUAGAGAAUAGAAUAGAAUCGAAGAAAAAAAAAAAAAAGGAGGAGAAAAGGUCGAUGGUAGAGAGAAAGAUUCGAAUCUGUCGGUGCGGUCCUACCCUGAAGGUCAUUUUCGAAAGAAGAAGAAGAAGAAGAAGAAGGUGUGAAAAAGGAAUAAAUUAAAUUGAAGAGUUUAUACUAAGAGAAAAAGACGUGGAUCUGUUUUUCCAAUGUCAAGCUGACCUCUUUCACCGAUUAUAUUAUACAUUUUCAAGAGAUAAGAUGCGAGCAACACGUGAUUGACACAUGCAUUUAUUUGUUAAUGAAAAAUUUCCUCAAAGAACAUGACUUCCAUGCUGCCUGAAGAAGGUACAAAGAUUACGAGGAUGAAGGAAAGGUUGAUGAACGAUGUCCAUGGAAAAGAGGAGAGCCGCUCGUUUCUUAGCUUUUCCAGAGAGAAUUUAAGUAUUUCCCAAUCAGAAUUGGAAAAAGGUUUCAACAAGUAUCGUUUUCGACCUACCAGGCACACGAUAUUGAGUAUCGCGGCUCUAUCGAUCGCUCUUCUUUGUUUGGCUCUUGAAAGCUGGAAAUUUCAUUGGACCAUGGUGAACGCACGGGAGAUAGAGGAGCUCAAGAGAAGCGUCGAAAACUUGAAGCAUCGUUUUCUCGAAAAGGACCUCUUGGACGAGGUGAAAGUUUUCGAAGAACAGUUGUACGCCGAGGAAUCCGACGACGACGACGACGACGACGACGACGACGACGACAACAACGACGACGACAACGACGACGACGGCGAUGAUAACGAUCCAGGGGAUCUGGACAUCGACAACGCCGACUACGAUUCAAAUUAUGACGAUGUCAACUUGUCGUCUCACGAUUAUUCUUUAGAUUAUCAUCACACGGGUCCGACGUAUGGUGCGAGGCCUUCCGAUUUUCCAGAUUCCUCGUCCACGAUCGCACCGGUACCCUCGCCUCCAGAAGCCGCUUCUAACAAAGCGAUGAUCAAAUGGCUAUCAGCCAUGAGGAAGUAUGAAACGAAGCAUUCUCGGGAAGGUCACAAUCACCAAAGAACCAAGAAGCUCCUAAAAGAGAAAUCAGAUGAUAGAAAGAACAAUACGAAAGAAAAACGUGAUGUAUUAGACAGAGGAAACGCGAAGAAUUUCCUUAUCGAUUGGAAAAUGAAUAUGAAGCGUAAAAGAUCGAUCGAAGAAAGAAAUGUAACCAACUCAUCUUCGGCUGUCGAGUUCAAGAUAUUAUCGGUAAGAUCUAUUCGUCCGAAGAAAUAUUACUCGAACGUUAAAAGCGUAUCGGAGAAUCGGAAAAGAUCUUUGCGAAAGCUUCGCAAGAAUUUAGGCAGGUCACGAAAGAAUGUAGACGCGCCACAACAGAUUUUCGCCGUUCAUUACAGCGGUGAUAAGAAUGCUUUCGCGACUAACGACGAGCAUACCGGGAAUGGAAGAGUCCGUCACGCAGACCAGACGUUCACCUCCUGGAAAGCCAACGAUUGGGUAAACGAUCUCGGUAUGAACAAUCAUUUCAAUUUGUCAAAGAACGGUAGCGUUGUCGUCUACAAGUCUGGCUUGUAUUUGGCGUACGCGCAAAUAGUAUACAAAGAUCAACACGACCAAGUCGGUUUUCAUCUGCUAGUGAAUAAUCAGCCAAUCUUGCAGUGUCUGAUUGACAAUUCGGGCACCUCACACAUACACAGUCAGUCUUGUUUCUCGGCCCAAGUAACGAGGCUCAACAGAGACGACGUUGUGCAAUUAAAAGAGAUCAGUUCCCCGAAGUUUGUCCUUUUCAACAAAGAAAAUAGUUUCUUUGGAUUAGUGAAACUCGGAGAAUUUCACAAUUUAAAAUAAACACCUUUACCUGAAAUACCAUUCGAUUAUGGUGGCUAUUAUGCCACUAUUUAUUAUGCCAUUAUAAUUAAAUAGUAAUACGAUACAUAUGCAACAGCGACAGCAACAGCAUAUGUUAAAGCGUUAAACGCGUUAUACUAUAAUUGUAAAUAAUUGUUUCCGUUUUAUUAUUAAGUCAUUUAGAUGUAAGUUACGAUUUACGAUUUUCUACAAAGUCCAAAGAAAGUAAAAGUCACAGUUCAGUCCAUAGCUAUAUGUAUACAUAGAUACGGAUUUUCCAACUACCGAUAUAUACAUAUAAGAUAUAUCUGAGAAAUAAAGCUAUUAAACAAUCGUCUCUCAUU